AUGAGAGUUAAAGUUGCAGAUUUUGGGACUUCUUGUCUUGAGACGCAAUGCAGAGAGGCCAAGGGUAACAUGGGAACUUAUCGAUGGAUGGCUCUAGAGAUGAUCAAGGAUAAGCCUUACACUAGAAAAGUGGAUGUUUAUAGCUUUGGGAUCGUUCUAUGGGAACUCACCACUGCCUUGCUUCCGUUCCAAGGCAUGACUCCAGUGCAAGCCGCAUUUGCAGUCGCUGAAAAGAACGAGAGACCGCCAUUGCCGGCGAGCUGUCAACCAGAACUUGAUCACCUGAUCAAGAGGUGUUGGUCGGAGAACCCUUCGAAGCGUCCGGACUUCUCAAACAUUGUGGCGGUGCUAGAGAAGUACGACGAAUGUGUCAAAGAAGGGCUGCCUCUGACGUCACACGCAAACCUCACGAAGACCAAACACGCCAUUCUUGAUCGCCUUAAAGGCUGCGUCUCAGCCAUCAGCUCAAAAUCGUCUUCCUCCUCUGUUCCUGUAAAUGCUUGGUAA